AGGACCGGUGGCUUUAGGUCCUCUCCGAGAGACCUGGUAAUGAGGAUUCAUGCCUAAUUAUACCAAAGGGAUUACGAGACCACUGCUCUACCAACUGAGCUAUUGCGCCUCCUUGCUUUGCUGUUAGCAAACGUGUUUCCUAGUCUAAAGUUCAUUUUGGAGCUGCUUGUCUGGUAGACUUGUUUGUCCAUCCAUAGCCUACAUUUUUACACCAUAGAAACUAGAAUUUUGUAGUGUAAUUGAACAAGCGAACGAAAGAAGAAAAUGUUCAUUAUUUGUCACGUUUUAGGAUCAGUAUAGAACAAUGGCAAGCAACUCCGAGAGGAAACCCGCUUGGGUGUUGGUGACGAUUCCGAAGGCUUAUCAUCCCAGUCUCAAACUGACAGAAGCUAUGCAUGAGAUGUAUCAGGUGAUACAUUGGGAGGAGUUCAGCUCGGCAGUGGACCAGUAUGCGGCUAAGGUGGAUGCCAUGCUUGUGACUCCGUCCGGCACGCCAAAGCUAUCCCCCGGACUGCUGGAUCGGAUGGUCAAUUUAAAGGCUGUUGUCACUGCGUCCAGUGGCACGGAUCACCUUGACCUUGCCCUGCUCCGGAAGUACAACAUCAAGGUUUAUAAUGCGGGAGGUGUGAACAGUGAUGCAUGUGCUGAUAUGGUCUUCAAUCUACUACUCUCUAUUGCAAGGAGAAACACAGAAGUUAUCCAGCUAGCUCACCGCUUCGCAGCUCAAUCAAAAGUAGUGGUUGAACAAAUUAUGCAAGUCCUAGGCCAUGAAGUGACGAGUUCUACCCUCGGUAUCGUAGGUAUGGGAAGCAUCGGUUACGAGGUCGCACGGAGGGCUGUGGGAUUUAAGAUGAAAACCCUAUACUACAGUCGCAGUAGGAGGACUGCUGCCGAAGAAGACGAAGUAAAGGCCACUUACUGUUCCUCGAUGGAUGAUCUGCUACCUCAUGUAGACUUUCUGGUGCUCUCGCUUCCUCUAACGGAAGAAACACGUCAUAUCAUGGGAAAACACCAGUUCAACAAAAUGAAAUCAAAUGCAAUCCUCAUCAAUGUCGCGAGAGGAGAGUUGGUCGACCAUGAUGACCUCACAGACGCACUUCGGAGCGGUACCAUCGCCGGAGCAGGCCUCGACUUGACCGAACCUUACCCGUUGCCUUCGGGUCAUCCCCUGCUGAAGAUGCCCAAUGUCAUCAUCACUCCGCAUUGCAGUGCUCUCACGGUGGACAUGGGCAAAAAAAUGAUGCAAAGAAUGAUGGACAAUCUUUCAGAAGCAAUCCCCAAGGAUUAAGCCUCAGUUAUAUGUUUAGUUCAGUAUUUGCCGUUACAUGAAUAAAUGAAGCACAACCAUUUUGAAACGUAUUUUAUUUAGUUUUGUAUUGUAUUUGUAAUGUAUUGAUGAUAUAACUAUUCUUAAAUUCAGAAUAUGAAAUUAAGUCUCUAAAAUCAAAUCUCCAACCCUGGACUGACGCCCCUGAAAUUCCAAGAUUUUUUCUUUUUUUUUUAAUUCAGAAGUAGAAAAAACAAAACAAACAGGCUAAUUGGUAAUAUAUUUUUAUUUUCUGGCAGACCACUAUAAAUUAAAUCACAACCCCUCGAAUGACGCCCGUGAGAGUCAAUGAUUAAUAUAUUAUUCUUAAAUACAGAAUGCGAAAUAGAGUUGAGGCAUUUUGCCAUUCGUGAUCAUACAAGGAGGGGCACUCACAGGAGCGUCGCCCUCUAUAUAUUAAAUCCUUUCAGUGGACGACCAACAUUUCCAAUAUUCUGUACUUGGACAAAAAC